AAAUAAGGGUGCAAUCUAUAUCACAUAGGAAUAAAUAAUGUAACCUCCUCUACUCCAAAAGUAAAUUCGAAAGAAAAUUGAUAAUGAAAGGAGUAAGUGGUAAUGGGAAUCUAUGCUAAAAAAGGAUUCAAAGUUUGAUUAUUCCUCGGCGCUGCUACCAAAGGGCUCCUCCUGAUGCUUAUGGGAACUACCGAUGUGGAAAGCUAUGGAUUCUCUACACUGCUUCGGUUUCACAUUUAACCCGUUUCCCCUCACAAACAGGAGAUAUUUGAGUAUAAAUAGAAUGCACUUGUGGUGAGGCAUCACAUCUUCUUCCCACUCUAUCUUCUACUCUGAUCAUGCGCAUGUCGAUUGACUCUCUGAGUCAGAGGCUGAGGAUGUCCAUGAUGGAAGACACAGAAAAUGCCCAUCAAGAUUUGAGCUUGACAAUUGCCUAUCGGGAGAAGAUCCGGCCGCUGCUGGACGCAGUUGAUAAUCUGCGGAAACUGGACAUCAUGAAAGAAGGAAUCCAACUUCCCAGCAUUGUGGUGGUGGGCGACCAGUCCAGCGGCAAGUCCAGCGUCUUGGAGUCCCUGGCUGCCAUCAAGCUUCCCCGAGGCAUAGGCAUCUGCACGCGUGUUCCCCUCGUCGUGAGACUCCAAAGCUGCAGCGACCAAUCUGAAGCCCAAAUCUCCAUCGAGUACAGUGGCAACGCGGAAAUCAUACAAGAGCGGGACAUAACAGCCAAGAUUGAUGCGGCCACCAAAGCAAUUGCAGGAGACGGGAAAGGAAUAAGUAACACUCCCAUAACGCUCCACAUUACAAAAGUUGGGGCUCCGGAUUUGACAAUGGUGGACUUACCUGGCAUCACAAGAGUUCCAGUAGCAGGGCAGCCGGGGGACAUUUAUGAGCAGAUCAGGGACAUUAUAAUGGAGUACAUCAGUCCGAAGGAGAGCAUAAUUCUCAACGUUUUGGCGGCCAAUGUGGAUUUUCCGACCUGUGAAUCCAUCAAAUUGUCGCAGAGUGUGGAUCCCGAAGGCGAGCGGACUCUGGCGGUGGUGACCAAGUCGGACAAGGCGACGGAGGACCUUUUCGAAAAAGUGACAAUGGAUGCCGUCAACAUUAGGCUCGGCUAUGUCUGCGUCCGCAAUGGCGUUGGCAAUGAAAGCAAUGCCAAAGCCCGGGAGAAAGAAAAGCAGCUGUUCGACUCCCACUCGCUGCUGAAGAAAAUCGAUAAGUCGAUGGUGGGGAUCCCUGUUUUGGCGCAGAAGCUGAUGCAAAUCCAGGCGAUGAUCAUCAACACCUCACUCCCUGAAAUCUGCAGCAAAAUCGACACCACGCUGGGAAAACGCCAAGCUGAGCUCAACAGCCUCCCUCAGCAUUUGUGCAAUCCCAGGGAGGCCGAUAAGGUGUUCAUGAGGCUGCUGAAAGAGAUCAAGGAGUCGCUGAACAAGAUUGUAAUUUUGGGGGAUUUUGAGCAGUUUGAAGAGGACCCAUAUAUGCGCUGUACCGCCCGCUUGAAAGACAUGUUCGAUGAGUUCUACAGGGAGCUCUGUGAAAACGAUGCUUCUAGAGGCAGGUUUCUGUACAAGGAGACCCAAAUGCUGGGGGAAGCCAAGGGCGUUGGUCUGCCUAAUUUCCCACCGCGCUCUGUGUUUCUGCGACUGUUACAGCACAAGGUGGAAGAGGUUGAGGAAAGGGCAGAGAGGCUUGCAUCCACUGUUUGGGACUACUUGGAAAACAUCGUUAAUCGGGUAAUUGACAAUUAUUGUCAUUGUUACCCACAACUCCGGUCGCGCGUUCAACGAGCUGUGCAGGGGCUGGUGGUGGAGAAGAAGCAGGAAUGCACUGCACAUGUUAAGCUAAUGAUAGAGAUGGAGAAAAGUGUGGAUUUUACUCUCAGUCAUGUGUACAUUGAAACGUACGGCAGGCUCAUUCAAUAUGAAGCCCGGUUCAUGGAAAGGCUGAGUAAUCUGAGUGGAGGGAUGAGGAAGACGGUGUUUUUAGAGGAAUUUGGAGAAGUGGAAGUGGGCGACAUCAUGGAAAUGCCGAGCGAGCGUGUGAAGGAAGCGUAUGAAAUGCAGAUGAGGGUUAGAGCGUAUUGGGAAGUUGUGGUUUUGAGGAUGGGAGAUGGGAUUCCUCUGCAUCUUAAGUUUGUUUGCAGAAAAUUGGUGGACUGUGAGCUGGAGGCCUAGAUUCUCGAGUAUGUGUGGGGUCCCAAUUUCGGUGCGAUGGAUAAAAUUUUGGAAGAAAGUCCAGUGGUGAGCGCCAAGAGAAACAGGUUAAUCGACAGUCUCAACCUGCUUAAAGAAUCCAAAACCGCCGUCGCCAACAUCAUGGAUCGGAUUGCAGAAGCAGCCUUAAGAUUGCAGAGGAGUGGAGAGCCUGCAGUGCAAAUCAGAUUGACGAUUGAAACUUUUACAGCUCUAACCUUUCCCGGUUCGAACAGAAAGUGUUUGCUUGACUACGCUCGAUGUUAUAUAAAACUAAUAGCUUUAAGUACUGGUGUAUCUCUGAACUUAAUUAAAGAUUAUGUAUUGCUUAUUUAACUCUAACAAAAUCCUUUUUCUGUUUG